AUGGGACCCUCAACUCGAAGAUCCCUCAACCAAUCUCCCAAGAGCAGUUGCAGCAACAGCAGCAAGAGCAACAGCCUCCUGCUACAGCCGUCCACAGCCGUGCAGGAGCUGAUAGCCAAGGAGAACAUGACACGUGUCCAGCAGAGCACAGCUGUGUACGUGGAGCCAAUCUCCCUCUCCCUCCCCUCCUCAUACCCUUGCUCAAGCUGCAACCCUAAAUUCGCGGUCAACUGCACGACACGCCGCCUCAUGUGGUUUUUUCUCGGGCAGCCUGAAGGAGAUGCUACAGUCGUGGGUUUCUGGCCGUCUCAGGCUGUAGCCGUGGCAGAAACUUUCCACAAGAACCGCCAGCCGCAUUUGCUAGAAUCCACACGACGCCGUGCGCAGCAAUGUGAGGGCGGUAACCGCAAAGCCAACAGUAACCGCAUGGGGGAUAAUGGUAACCGCAUGGGAGGUGGUAACCGCAUAGGGGGUGGCUAUGUAGCUCCGCCUAUCAUCCCACCCGGGCUUACUGGGCUCAUUCACCUGCAGCACUCCCCCCAGGCGGACCUCAUCCGCGCGCAGGCCUCCGCCAGGGGCAGCUCCCCCCGCAUGCACGAUGUGCUGGUGGCGCCUGAGAGCUUCCCGCGGGGGGAAGCGCCACCAGGGAUAGGGGGGGAUAAGGGGAGUGCGGGGAAGGAGGGCGGAGAGGGGAGAGUGUUUGAGGAGGAGAGGGGGCUGUGUGAUGCGCCGAGGAUACUGCCUGUGACAGAGCACCGCAUUGGAAGGCAACUGAUUGUCGAUGAGGACGUGGGCAUGGUGUACUGUUACGUGCAGAAGGCGGGGUGCACGAGCUGGAAGUUCUGGAUGCGCGAGCAGCACCACCACCCCUUCCCCAAGUCCUUCCUCUCCGCCCACACCGCCCAUUUCACCAACGUCACUGCCGUCUGGUACUCCUUAACCGAGCCACACGCCAUUCGCGCUCUCACCCGCCGGGACUUCACUCGUUUCGUCUUCCUCCGAAACCCCUACACCCGCGUUUUGUCGGCGUAUCUGGACAAGAUGCUUCGCGGGGGCGGCCCAGACGAUCUCGGGGCAGGGUUCUGGGCACAGACUUUUUUCGGGCAGCUGAUCACGCACUCGUUAUGGGAUGCUAUGACGUUCCGGUCGGGCCCCGGAACUGCCCGGCUGCGGAGCAUCUGGGAAAUAAUUCAGCUGCGGACGGGGUUUCGAAUCACCUUUGAUGAAUUCGUGGGGUACCUGGGAGAGGCGUGGGAGAUAGAGGGCCGGUUUCACCUGGAUGUGCACAUAGUGCCGCAGACGCUGCUGUGUGCGUUGGACCGGAUAAAGUAUGACUUUGUGGGGAGGUUUGAGAGCAUGGAUGAGGAUGUGAUGACGCUGAUGCGGCGGUUCGGGAGGGAGCCUGGGGAUGCUUUCAGCUUCGGGAAGAAGCUUCAGAAGACCAAGUCCCGAGGUCGCUUGAGCGAUGCGUUUGCCAAUAAGAGGACCUUUGACACAGUCAGUCACGUCUACAGUCUAGAUUUGAACAACACAUUGAAUGGCAUUAUGUACGAACCACCAGAUGAGCUGAAGGAGAUGUAUGGGGGCAGUACCGGUAGUUAA